CUAGCCGACUGUCUACAGCAUACCAUAAACCUAUAUAUUUCCCAGUGACAAUGAUAAAUCUGCAUCUGGAGGUUUAGCAGAUGUAGUGUCUAGUUGAUAAUACUCCUCGUCUUCUCCGGCCGCAUACGCUCUCCCGUUCUACUGGCUCGCUGGAUUAGGGUGUAUCUAUCGUUGAGAGUAUUGUACCCGUUUCAGUUGAGAUAUUACUUCACUCCAAUAACUGCCCAUUCCUACCGGUAUGGCGAAUGUCAUAACAUCAAGCGUCCUGCGCCGUCGUCUGCUUCUUCGCGGCCAUGCUCAGUUUCGUCUUCUAUCCACUACUCCAGCGCGAUUGAACGUGAGCAAGGACAAUAAUACACCUCACCUCAAUCUCCGAUCACUGGUCUCUGCUCUUCGCGAGCAAGGAGAUCUAGUCGAUAUCAAAGAUCAAGUCUCCCCUAACCUGGAGGUUGCCGCAGUUACCCGGAGAGUAUACGAGACACACGCACCUGCGCCUCUCUUCCAUGACGUCGCGGGAACAGAUCCAAAGACCGGUCUCUUCAAGAUUCUAGGAGCACCUGUUGGGUUACGAAAGGAUAAGAGAGACCGCUAUGGCAGGAUGGCUCUUCAAUUAGGUUUACCGGCCACGAGUAGUCCUCGCGAUAUUGUCCAGAAGCUGAUCGACACCAAGAACGGGAAGCCAAUGCCCCCAGUACGUGUAUCGGAUGCACCAGUCAAGCAGAAUAUCCUUAAAGGAGACCAGAUCGACAUGACGAAAUGGCCUAUUCCUCGACUCCAUUCUAUAGACGGGGGCACUUAUCUGGGCAGCUAUGGAUUCCAUGUUGUGCAAACGCCAGACAAAUCUUGGACAUCGUGGUCCAUCUCUCGUACGAUGCACGUCGCCAACGAGCCGCGCUUACUGACUGCUCCUGUGAUGGCUGCCCAACACCUUGCCCAGGUGAGAAAAACGUGGAUCGACUCGGGGGCUGAAGAUACUCCAUGGGCUCUGGUCCUAGGUGGCCCACCAGCCGCGGCAUUCGUGGCUGGCAUGCCGCUACCAGCGAAGGUUUCAGAGGAUGGGUAUAUAGGCGCAUUAUGCGGUUCGCCUGUAGAAGUGGUCAAGUGUGAAACAAACGACCUCUACGUGCCUGCUAAUGCAGAGCUCGUGAUCGAGGGUCGCAUCAGUAACUCCAAGAAAGUCCCCGAGGGACCGAUGGGGGAAUAUCACGGAUACCUUUUUGAAGACCAACCUCUUGAUGAGCCAUUGUUCCAGGUUGACUGCGUGACCUAUCGCAAUGAUCCUAUCGUGCCUAUAUGUGUAGCUGGAACAGCUGCAGAUGAGACGCAUACAGUAUGGGGCACUGCUAUUGCAGCUGAGAUAAUGGAUGCGCUGGAAAAGAACAACUUCCCUGUGGAUUUUGUGUGGAUGCCUUUCGAGGCCCAGAGCUGUUGGAUUGUGGUCAGCGUCGAUAUCAAGAAGCUAGCAACCAUGGGAAUUGAUGCAGAAGAACUGUGUCGUCGCGCAGGCGAUAUCAUUUUCAAGACUCAUGCUGGAUGGGAGGCGCCCAAGGUCAUGUUGGUGGGAGAUGAUAUUGAUAUCACGGACAUCAACGAGGUCGUAUGGGCUCUAGCAACGCGAUACCGUCCCGGUUCAGAUGAACAUGUCUUCGGGGACAUUGGAGGAAUCCCUAUGCUCCCGUACAUGACCAGAGCUAAUAAGAGCAAACAGCUUAAGGAUCCAGGAAUGGGUGGAAAGAGCGUGAUGAAUCUUUUGCUUCCACCGGAAUUUGAAGGAAAGAGAGAUUGGGUACGGAGCAGCUUCGCAGGUGCUUAUCCAGAGGAGGUGACGGAGAAGGUUAUGAAGAGGUGGAAGAAUUGGUUUCGAGAGUAAAGACACAUUUUGCAACAAUGCAGACAGAUUAAGU